AUGGAGGAAGAACUCAAGAGCUUGGUUUUUGUGGGGGUUUGUGCAAUAAUUUCUGUAUCUUACUGUUACUACUUACCACCAAAAAUCAAAGCUGGUGUUUUCCGAUUACUCUCUAUUCUUCCUGUUUGUGCUUUGUUUCUUGCUCUUCCUCUCUUCUUCUCCUUGUCCAUUUUCUCUUCCAUCGCAGCGUUUCUUUUGUCAGGACUUGCCAAUUUAAGACUCAUCCUCUUUGCGUUUGACCAGGGUCCUCUUUUCCCACUGCCCUCAAAUCUCUUCCGAUUCACCUGCUUCACUUGCUUCCCCAUCCAGCUUCAACAAAACCCUAAAUCUCAUGAUCAUAUCCCCAAAUGGGUUUUCCCCAUUAAAGUUGCAAUCUUUACCAUCUUGUCACAUAUUGUUAUUUAUAAACCAAAUCUGCCUCCCACUCUGCUAUUGGUUCUCCAUCUGCUGUUUGUACUCUUGUCCAUUGAGAUUCUUUUAACGAUCCUCAGAGUUGUCUUUACCAUCAUUCUUGGGAGCGACCUCGAGCCACAGUUCAGUGAACCAUACUUAUCCACCUCUCUCCAAGAUUUCUGGGGUCGCCGUUGGAACCUCUUAGCCUCUGCAAGUUUCCGGGCUGGCGUCUACAUUCCUGCACGGCAUGUCAGCAAUGGCCUCAUGAGCUCAGAUUGGGGUAGGUUCAUGGGUUAUUUGGCAACGUUCUUAGUCUCCGGUCUAUCUCACGAGCUGUUUUACUUUUAUGUAAUCCGAGAGACGCCUACAUGGGAGAUCACAUGGUUCUUUGUUUUGCAUGGGCUUUGCACGGCCGCAGAAGUUACGGUGAAGAGGAGGAAGAUUCUGCAGCGAUGGUGGCCGGUGAGACCAGCGGCGUCAAGGCUGCUGACAAUGGUAUUUUUCGUUGUUACCGGUGCUUGGCUCUUUCUCCCUCAAUUUAUACGGUGCAACCCGAUAGAGAGAGGCGUCAAUGAAACCUUGUUGCUCAUUGAUUUCUUCAGACGCAAGUUUAUCCACUUCCUCGGUUAUGAUCACCUAAAUGUGGAAAUGGAUUUCUAA